UGUAUACACAGAUAACGUACCUUAGCAACGAACAGAGAAUUGUUGCGUUUAUGUUGGCCAUGUGUUAUUUGUAGAUUGUUAACGCCACAGCAGUGAGUGGUGUUUGAGAUUAUUCAUAUCACGUAGUAUUUGUUGGUAAACGAUGACUGUACAUAACCUAUACAUAUUUGACCGUUUUGGCACGUUGUUGUACUACUGUGAAUGGAACAGGUUAAAACAAUCCGGUAUCACGAAAGAAGAGGAAGCCAAGUUAAUGUAUGGUAUGCUGUAUUCAAUCAAGUCGUUUGUUAGUAAAAUAUCUCCCCUCGACACAAAAGAAGGGUUUUUAUAUUACAAAACCAACAAAUAUAUCUUACAUUACUUUGAGACACCAUCAGGUCUCAAAUUUAUCUUGAAUACGGAUGUGAACGCCCAAAAUGUCAGAGAACUUCUGCAGCAGAUUUACAGUCAAAUCUACGUGGAAUAUGUGGUGAAGAAUCCAGCGUGCAACAUGAAGGAGCCGAUUAAGAGCGAACUAUUUAAGAGUAAACUAGACGCAUUUAUCAAGCAAUCAAAUGUUUUUGCACCCAGAACAAUGUAAUGUUCAUUUUCAUGAGACAUUCUCUAAAUGAGUAACUGUAAAUUAUUAAAAGAUUGUACUUCAGUUGGGAUAUUCACUGUUUGAGUAACAAUAAAGUUCUGAAUAGAAAUUA